AUGGUGUUAAUACUUACACGUAUUUAUACAUUAUUACAACGACCAAAUAAAAAUACAAAUUCAUUAAAUAAUGAACAUGUUAAUAAAGAACAAACAAUAAUUGAUAGUUCAUCAAUAAUAUCAUCAUCAGAUAAUAUUCUUAUUGAACUUGUUGAAGAAUUAUAUG